AUGGCUGGCGACAAAAGUAACAAUGUUAUGCGCGAAAUUCGUGUCGAUAAGCUCGUCAUUAAUUGCUGUGUUGGCGAGUCGGGUGAUAAGCUAACACGUGCUGCUCGUGUGCUUGAGCAACUAACUGGUCAGAAGCCUGUGUACUCAAAGGCACGCUACACGGUUCGAACCUUUGGUAUUCGUCGUAAUGAAAAGAUUUCGUGUCAUGUUACAAUCCGUGGUGAACUUGCCCAGGAAAUUCUAGACCGUGGUCUUAAAGUGAAGGAAUACGAACUUCUUCGUAAAAACUUUUCGGAAACGGGCAACUUUGGAUUUGGUAUCCAAGAACACAUUGAUUUAGGUAUCAAGUAUGAUCCAUCCACAGGUAUUUACGGUAUGGACUUUUUCGUGGUACUUAAGCGUCCAGGAGCUCGAGUUGCUCGUCGUAAGAUUCGGCAAUCGCGUGUUGGCGCACCACACCGUCUUACUAAGGAUGAUGCAAUCAAGUGGUUUCAGACCAAGUUUGAGGGUAUUGUGCUUGACGCGGCCCGCAACUAA